AUGCAGAGCCCACGAAGGAACGCCGAGGGACGCCCGCUGGGCACCUGCGACCCCAGCAGCAGCGGCAGUCCGGCCCAUGGCGGCGGCAGCAGGUUCGAGUUCCAGUCCCUGCUCAGCAGCCGCGUGCCGGGCGCCGACCCCAUCAGCGCCCGUCUCCGCGCGUCUGAGAGCCCAGUGCACCGCCGCGGUUCGUUCCCCUUGGCUGGGGCGGGCUCCUCUCAGACGCUCCCGCCCCAGCUGCCCGAGGAGGACCGCAUAGAUCUGAACCCGUCCUUCCUGGGCAUCGCCCUGCGCUCCCUACUGGCCAUCGACCUGUGGCUGUCCAAGAAGCUGGGGGUGUGCGCAGGGGAGAGCUCGUCCUGGGGCAGCAUGAGGCCCCUUAUGAAAUUGCUGGAGAUCUCGGGACACGGCAUCCCCUGGCUGCUUGGCACCCUCUACUGCCUGUCCAGGAGCGACAGUUGGGCCGGGCGCGAGGUGCUGAUGAACCUGCUCUUCGCCCUGCUGUUGGACCUGCUACUGGUGUCCCUGAUCAAGGGGCUGGUCCGCAGGCGCCGCCCGGCCCACAACCAGAUGGACAUGUUUUUCACUGUUUCGGUGGACAAGUACUCCUUCCCUUCAGGCCAUACCACCAGGGCCGCCCUUGUGUCGCGCUUCAUCCUGAACCACCUGGUGCUGGCCAUUCCACUGAGGGUGCUGGUGGUGCUCUGGGCCUUCAUCUUGGGUCUCUCCAGGGUCAUGCUGGGGCGGCACAAUGUCACCGACGUGGCUUUUGGCUUUUUUCUGGGCUACAUGCAGUACAGCAUCGUGGACUAUUGCUGGCUUUCACCACACACUGCUCCAGUCCUCUUUGUACUGUGGAACCAACCGUGA